CACCCCCGCGAGGUCGUAGCGCUGCAGCCACCCGGGUCCCGCUCAGAGCCGCAGCCGGCCGAGCGUCGCAGGUCCGGCAGCCGCUCCAACAUGAAGACGCACUUCUGUAUCCCGGUGUCCCAAAGGCGGCCCGACGCGCUGGGGGGCCGCUACGUGCUGUACUCCGUGUACCUGGACGGGCUCCUCUUCUGCCGGGUGCGCUACAGCCAGUUGCAUCGUUGGAACGAGCAGCUCCAGCGGGUCUUUGGAAGCAGUCUGCCGCCCUUUCCACCGAAGUAUUAUCUGGCAAUGACCACAUCUAUGGCUGAUGAGAGGAGGGCCCAGUUGGAACAGUAUUUGCAAAAUGUAACUGCGGACCCAAAUGUGUUGCGAAGUGAUGUCUUCAUUGAGUUUUUAAAGCUGGCACAGCUGGUCUUGUCCUGCACUCAGAAAAUAUGUACGGAAUGGUUACCGACAGCCAGCACCGAGCUAGAGAUGGAGACAUCAAACACAUUUAACAUCACUGCUGAGAAAGCCUUUCUGGAUAUAUUUCUGCCCAAUGGAAGAAGCGUUAAUAUAGAAAUUCUAACAUCAGAUUCUGCUGAAAGAGUGCUCGAGGUGGUGUCACACAAACUCCGACUGAGUCGGGAGCUCGUGGGCUACUUCGGCCUCUUUCUCAUUCGGUUUUACAAGGAGGGCAGCCUGUCUGUUGUGAAAAAGUUGGCAGAUUUUGAACUCCCUUAUGUUAGUCUUCGAAGUUCUGAAGUGCAGAACUGUAAGGUUGGACUCCGGAAGUGGUACCUGGACCCGGCCUUCGACUCCGUGCUGAUGGGCUGCAGAUCGGCUGUGGAAUUGCUCUACAUGCAGGCAGUGCAGGACAUUGAAAAAGAAUGGAUCAAACCUACGCAGGGACAGAGGCAGGAAUUAGAGGCUCUUCAGAAAGAAAACAAUCAAACCAAGUUCCUGCAGCUAUGCCAGGAGGUACAGCACUAUGGAUACAUGCAGCUGGAUCCCUGCCACUGUGAUUCCCCAGAGCCAGGCUGCAGGGCCGUGCUCUCUGUUGGCAACGAUGAGAUCAACUGCUGCAUCACCCUGCCUGACAACCGGACCCAGGACGUCGUCUUCCAGAUGAGCAGGGUGAAGUGCUGGCAGGUCACUUUCCUUAGGACUCUGCUGGAUAUGGAUGGGCCCCAGCGAACUCUCAACCAGAAUUUAGAACUCAGAUUUCAAUACAGUGAAGAUAGUCACUGGCAAUGGUUUAUCAUUUACACCAAACAGGCAUUUUUGCUGAGUAGCUGCUUGAAAAAGAUGGUCUCAGAGAAGAUGGCAAAGCUAGCUGCUGAGAAUACAGAAAUGAUUGAAGUUCCGGGAAAAAGCAAAAGCAAAAAAUACCACAUUCAACAAAGCAAGCAAAAACAGUAUUCUAGUUUUCUAUCAAGAAAAAGCAAGAUUAAGAGAGCUGAAGGUGACUGUGUUUUUGGAACCAUAAAGGAAGAAGAUCUUUGAAGAAAAGUCUCACCUUUGAAAUGUCCCCUAAGCUAUCUGAAGACAGUGAGUGGAAAAGCUUGGGGACUGGAGAUGGGCUUCCGACCAUUGGGAAAUUUCCUGACUUCUUCCUAUAUCUUCUGACAUUAAAAUAGACUAUAGUCAUCAAGACUACCACAGCAUUCUAUGUACAUUUCAAGAUUAAAAAGACAUAAGAACUAAAGUCAUAGAAUUUGUUCUUAACAGCUCAUAAAUCACAAGUGGCAGAUUCAAAUCAACUAAAUGCGAAAGUCACUGCCUUUUUCCCCCUAGAAUAGAUGCUUACCUGGCUUCAUGAAGUCUUUUGCGUGUUCUAGUAUUACAUAAAUGAAAGUCUGGUUCUGACAUGUUAUCAGUGCAUUUGGGGCAGAGUCCUAAAGAAGUGAUUCAUCAGCUGAGAAAAACUGGGUUCUGUCGAAGAAGAGGAAUCGCUGGGGAAGAAACCCACACUUCUCUGACCUGUCCACAGAGCUGUAACAAGGAGGGGUGCAGUGUGGACUUGUUUCCUUACCUAGUUCCGGAGGUGCCAGCAUGGGUGACCUCAGCGUCAUGUGCUGCUGACCUUUGUGGGUCAGACUGUGUUCUGCCCUUAGAAUAUUGAAUUUGGUUCACUGGUCAUCAUGCUGUUUUGAAUGUUUCUAUUUGGGAAAGCAGUAAGGCCUUGUACUUGACAUCAAAUACCUUUUAAGUCCCUUUGCUUUAAAAUUGUGUGUAUUUUGUCUCUAUGUUUUUCCUUAUUGAGUUCUAUUAUUUUAUGGUAAUUAAUGUAAUUAUUAUAGAAUUGGGUAUACAAUAAUUCCCACAAUAAAGAAGAGGAACAGAGGAAGCUAAUGUAAUUAGGAAAAAGUACAAUAUCUUAAUAUUCUUUCCUGAUUUACAUAAUGAUAUAAUAAAUAUGAACUAUAUUCUACUGAA